AUGGCUGACGAGGGUGCGCGGGCGUCCCGCGCGGAGCUGAUCGAGCCGGCCGCGGCGCCGGCGGAGCCCGUCUUCGCGAGGAAGCCUCGGGGACGUCCUUCGGGGUCCAAGAACAAGCCCAAGCCGCCGGUGGUGGUGGUGACGGAGAGGGAGAGCGAGGGCACGAUGCGGCCCGUGGUGCUGGAGCUCGCGGCGGGCUGCGACGUGGUCGCUGCGGUGGCCGCGUUCGCGCGCCGCCGCCGCGUGGGCGUGUCCGUGCUCUGCGGCCGCGGGGCCGUCGCCGCCGUCCGGCUCCGCCUCGCGACCUCCCCGACCACGGCCACCGCGGUGACGCUGCACGGCCGGUUCGAGGUGAUGUCCCUGUCCGGGACCGUGCUGCCGUCCGAGGGGCCGGCCUCGGCGCCGCCGCCGUUCUCGGUGUCGCUGGCGGGGGCGGCCGGGCAGGUCAUCGGUGGGACGCUGGCCGGGGAGAUGACGGCCGCGGACGGCAUCAACAAAGGAAUCUGA